GGGAGCCGGGGAGCCGGACGGCCGCUGCCAGAGGCCUGCGCGCCGCACUUCCCCUCGCCGGGGUGGCCGGCACCGCGCGGGAGCCGGAGCAGCCGCGCGGCGGGGUGGCCGCCACCCACGCGCAGAUGGAGAAGCUGAAGCUUAGCAAGAUUAAGUAGCUUGCCAAAGGCCACAGUUAACAAGAGGCAAGCAUCCAGGCAUUCUACCUGCAGAAUCUGUAGACUUCACCGCCAUGUGACACUACCUUACCAAGGGAGGAUGGCUGUUCCAUAAGGUCAAGACUGAGUCCCCUCCCUUCUCCCACUUUACCAAUGCCUGGACUCAUGGGGUUAGUUUUGAGCCUGAUACCAUGGCAUCAUCAACCUCCUUCUCAGCUCCUCACUCCCGAUCCAAGAAGCCUCUGGGCAAGAUAGCUGACUGGUUCAGGCAGACCCUGUCGAAGAGGCCCAAGAGGAUGCUGGAAUCCUCGGAAAGCCCCUCCAGUGAUGUCUCACCACCAAGCUCCCAGGAGGACACCCAGCACCUGGGCCUCAGCUCAACCUCGUCUCCCACCCCCCCACCGACACACGUGGGCGCCAGCAGCAGCAGCAGCAGUGGCAGCGGCGGCCGCUGGAGCAAGGACUAUGAUGUGUGUGUGUGCCACAGCGAGGAGGAUCUGGCGGUCGCCCAGGAGCUGGUCUCCUACCUGGAAGGCAGCGCCUCCAGCCUGCGCUGCUUCCUGCAGCUCCGGGACGCGACGCCAGGCGGCGCCAUCGUGUCCGAGCUGUGCCAGGCACUGAGUAGCAGUCACUGCCGUGUGCUGCUCAUCACGCCGGGCUUCCUGCGGGACCCGUGGUGCAGGUACCAGAUGCUGCAGGCCCUGACUGAGGCUCCUGGGGCGGAGGGCCGCACCAUCCCCUUGAUGUCGGGCCUCACCAGAGCCGCCUACCCUGCUGAGCUCCGAUUCAUGUACUUCGUGGACGGCCGGGGCCCGGACGGUGGCUUUCGCCAAGUCAAGGAAGCUGUCAUGCGUUGUAAGCUAUUAGGGAUCUGCAGACCAUCAGCUGACACUUUUUCUAUCACCAUGGGAUCCAGAAAGUUGGAGCAAAGCUGGAAAUCAAGUUAGAGAGCCCAGGGCCUCGGAUUCUGGCAGCUGCGACAGGGCAUAAGAACCAGUCAGUAGCACUUUGUAUGUGAUCCUGGCCUCAGACUGCCCAUCAGGCACCCAUUGCUGUGGGCUCCCCAGGAAGGCCAUGGGGUAGCUGGGGACUCCCCCACGAAGGCCAUGGGUAGCUGGGGACUUCCCCCAAGGAAGGCAUGAGGAAACUGGGGACUUCCCAGGAAGGCCAUGGGGAGGACAGACAGUGUAGGCGGUGGGAGGUGCUGAUACCAAGAUGAUCACCAGUGUUUUGCCUUGUGCCCAACUGGACACAUGAAGCCUGGCACAGGCCUACAUCUUGCCCUGGAACCGAGUACCGGUACAGAGACGGCCUCCCCCUGAAGAGGUCAUCUACCUGAUUCAUGAGCUCAAAGCCUAGACCGCAUGCUUCAGCGGGGAUGGCGUCCCCAUUUGCCUGGCAUCAGGAGAAAGCAACAGGUACCGAGUCCUUCACACUCACACUACCGCCCUUCUCUUUCCCAGGGACGCUGUUCACUUCAGAAAACUACGUGAAAGAUGCGUUCAGCACCGUACUGUAUUUUUAUUGCACACAUGUCAUUAAGACACACACAGGAGCCAUUCUGAAUAGACAGGAGGUGGCGGGGAGCAGGUGGUGGGGGCAAGGAAAAGCUCAGAUCCUACACCUGGGUCAGGAGCCCACCCACCGAGGCUUCGACUCCUGGGGGCCUCAUCAAAGGUCGGACCAGAACCCACGUUUUUUUUUUACAAGCUGCUUUACAUCUGCACUGGAGAUAGAGAGAUGAGCUGUCUUCUUGUGGCAGAUGACUCUGGGCUGUAGGACAGGGUUUCAUUCACCUGUUCUCAAGGAGUCUGGUGUUGAACCGAAAUGAAUUUCUAAUAUAUUCCCCUGAUGUAUGCUUUUGUGCCUCUUCCCUCGCUUCCCCCUACCAUGUCCCUUCCCUUUACUGGAAAAAAUUCACACAUAUACGAAUAUAUACAUGCACACACACAUACAUACACACACACAUAUACAUGUAUA